AUGGGGCUGCCGGCGCUGGAGUUCAGCGAGUGCUGCCUGGACAGUCCGCAGUUCCGGGAGAGGCUGCGUUCCCACGAGGCUGAGCUGGACAAGACCAACAAGUUCAUCAAGGAGCUCAUCAAGGACGGGAAGUCGCUCGUCGCCGCCCUCAAGAAUCUCUCGGCUGCCAAGCGCAAGUUUGCAGAUUCCCUCAAUGAAUUUAAAUUCCGCUGCAUCGGCGACGCCGAGACGGACGAUGAGAUCUGCAUAGCCAAAUCUCUGCAGGAGUUUGCCACGGUGCUGCGGAACCUGGAGGACGAGCGGAUGCGCAUGAUCGAGAAUGCCAGCGAGGUGCUGAUCACGCCGCUGGAAAAGUUCCGCAAGGAGCAGAUCGGGGCUGCCAAGGAUGCCAGAAAGAAAUACGACAAGGAGAAUGAGAAGUACUGUGGUGUCCUAGAAAAGCACUUGAACUUGUCUUCCAAAAAGAAAGAAUCCCAGCUUCAGGAGGCAGACAGCCAGGUGGACCUGGUUCGGCAGCACUUCUACGAGGUCUCCCUGGAAUAUGUCUUCAAGGUGCAGGAGGUGCAGGAGAGGAAGAUGUUUGAGUUUGUGGAACCUCUGCUGGCCUUUCUGCAGGGGCUGUUCACCUUCUACCACCACGGCUACGAGCUCGCAAAGGACUUCAGUGAUUUCAAAACUGAGCUGACAAUCAGCAUCCAGAAUACAAGAAAUCGCUUUGAAGGAACCAGGUCAGAGGUUGAGGCUUUGAUGAAGAAGAUGAAGGAGAAUCCCCACGAGCACAAAAACAUCAGCCCUUACACCAUGGAGGGGUAUCUCUAUGUGCAGGAGAAACGUCACUUUGGGACCUCCUGGGUGAAGCAUUACUGCACCUACCAGAGGGAAUCCAAACGCAUCACCAUGGUGCCCUUCGACCAGAAAUCAGGAGGAAAAGGGGGGGAAGAUGAAGCUGUCACCCUGAAAUCCUGUACCCGCAGGAAAACAGACUCCAUUGAGAAGAGGUUCUGCUUUGAUGUGGAGGCUGUGGAUAGGCCCGGUGUCAUCACCAUGCAGGCGCUGUCGGAGGAGGACCGCAGGCUGUGGAUGGAGGCCAUGGACGGCCGGGAACCGGUGUACAACUCCAACAAGGACAGCCAGAGCGAAGGCACUGCCCAGCUGGACAGCAUCGGCUUCAGCAUCAUCAAGAAAUGCAUCCACGCUGUGGAAACCAGAGGGAUCAAUGAGCAGGGGCUCUACCGGAUCGUGGGGGUGAACUCCAGAGUCCAAAAGCUGCUGAGCAUUUUAAUGGAUCCCAAGACAGCCACGGAGACAGACACGGAGAUUUGUGCAGAGUGGGAGAUCAAGACCAUUACUAGUGCCCUGAAAACGUACCUGAGAAUGCUCCCAGGGCCCCUCAUGAUGUACCAGUUUCAAAGGAGUUUCAUCAAAGCAGCGAAGCUGGAGAAUCAGGAGUCCAGGGUGUCGGAGAUCCACAGCCUCGUUCAUCGGCUCCCAGAGAAAAACAGGCAGAUGCUGCACUUGCUCAUGAACCAUUUGGCAAAAGUUGCAGAUAAUCACAAGCAGAACCUGAUGACUGUUGCUAAUCUGGGUGUGGUGUUUGGGCCGACGCUGCUUCGACCUCAGGAGGAAACAGUGGCUGCCAUUAUGGACAUCAAAUUCCAGAACAUUGUGAUCGAAAUUUUAAUAGAGAACCAUGAGAAGAUAUUUAACACGGUGCCAGAGGCUCCUGCGUCCAACUCGCAGCUGCUGUUAUCGCGCAAGAAGAGCGCGGAGUCGAAGCCGCCGUCGUGCAGCGAGCGCCCGCUGACGCUGUUCCACACGGCCCAGCCUGCUGAGAAACAGGAGAACAGGAACAGCAUCAUCAACUCCAGCCUGGAAUCCGUCAUCUCUUCAAAUGCAAACAGCUUCCUCAACUCCAACAGUGCUCCCCAGCCCAGCCUGAACUCAAGUGAUCUUGAACUAGAAGUAAUUAAGCCCAACAGGCCAAAUUCCCUGAAGAGCCCCUCGCAAAGCCCUCCCGAGUAAGAAGAAGGAAAAAAAAAAAACAAAACCGUCCAGCUGACAUUUGCUGCCUGCAGGCAGCAGCAGCCAGAACUUCCCCCCAGCCUCUCACCACCUCUGCUCUUUUUGUGAGAAACAAAAGAAAUUGGAUCCUACGAGAAAACUGUUUCCCAAAACGCCAGAGACCUCGGGAUAGCCCAGCCCUGCUGGGCACUGACAUCUGCAGCCAGGCAGCCCCUGGGGCUGGCACCCACAUGAGCUCAGGAAGGUGAUUCUCAAUCAGCACCUUGGAAAUGAAUCCCUGUAUUUCCUGGGAGGGAGGUGAACCCUUCAUCCCCAUCACACCCCAGUGCUGUCAGUGCUGGGGAGCAGCUCGGGGGGGGUGCUGAGCUGUGCCUGGCUUCUUCUUGGGGGAAUGUUCUGGAAGGACUGGCAGAGCAGCUCAGUCACUGCAGGACCACGUUCAUCUCCUGUGUGAGCACCUGAUGGGCCCGGGGUGCCCUGCACUCCCCAGUGCCAUUAGUGAACUCCUCUCUGGGUGGGUUUGCUGAGCCUUUUCUGUGACACCAAAGACACCAAAAUCCUGCUCCAAAGUAGAGAGAACUUCUCAGGCACAGGCUGGCCUGGGGCUGGUUCUUGCCUGAUAACUCUGAAAUCCUGCUGGUUACAUUCCCUGCUGUCCUGAGCAGAGCAGGCACUUGUGGCAGAGUGACCUGAGGAGAAACGAGAGCUGCAUUCUUCUGCCAUGACUGCAUCUCAAAAAGUGCAGCAGCAACUUCCAGGCUGGAGCCUUGUGCCCCUGGAUUUUCCUUUGUGCAGUGGAGAGGACCAGGGUUGGUGGCAGGCACGGUGGCCAUCCCAUCAGUGGCACAC